ACCUCCUCCGCCGGCUCUCCCAUAUAUUCCCCCCGGUCUCGCUUCCAAUUCCCCGCUCCAAGCAGGCAGAAGCAGCAGCGCACGUCGCCUCCCACUGCCCCCACACCUCUUUCUUUACCCAGUUUCCCCCAACCAAAACCCGGUCUUCACCUGCCAAACCAAACCCCCCACGAAGGCAGCGGCGGCAGCGCGGCCAAUGGCAAUUAUCGAGGCGGACGCGGUGGCGGCGGCGGCGAGGGCGGUUUCUGUUUCGGAGACGGCGCCCAUGUCCCCGGCCGCCGAGGCUGCGGCGGGCCCGGCGCGGCCGCGUGGCGGGUGGCUGAAGAAGCUCAUCCCGCGGGACUACCUGCCCCGGAGCCGGCGGUGGAGGCUGGCCGCCCCGUCCGCCGGCGGCGCGUCCAGGCUGGCGUCGUCGCUGUCGCGCUCGCUGCGGUGGAAGCGCCUCCCGGGGCUCUCGUCCCUCAGCCUGCGCAGCGGCUCGGCGUCGGCGGUGGUCGACGCGGUCGCGUUCCGCGUCAUGUACGUCGUGGAGGCCGUCGUGCUGGGCCUCGCGCUCUCGUGCUUCUUCCUCUGCUGCGGGUGCCACCUCUGAGCUGUCUGUGUUCUCCCCCUUUCACCGCUACUUGGCCGGCGUGUAACAAAAACGCCAUCUUUUCCCUUCCUCUUCAGUUCUUCUAUCGUUGAUUUUGCUGUAAAUUAUCUCCCUACAAAAAUGAAAAUUCGCAAUGUCCAUCGGCCGUUGAUUAGUUUAA